GUCAUCGAACACCCAUCUCCCAAUAACAUUUCUCUCCACCAUCUAUCCCACCCUUACCACUUCACAUCCCAGCAGCACAUACUAGCAAACCAGCCGCCAAAAUGGCCAUUUCCCACCUCUCCAGCGUCCACACAAUCCAAGAUCCCACAUUUACCACCCUCCUCGACCAGCUGCGCGACCGUACCCUCACCCCCUCAAACGUCCGAGCCCUAGUACACGAAGCCGCCUCCACAAUCGCCCAAAACAUCACCCUCAAGGCCCCCGCCAACGAAACACUCGCAAUCAUCGUGGUCCUACGCUCCGGUCUGGCCAUGUUCGAGGGCUUCAUGAAGAACGUCCCCGAGGACGUCACAACGGCCGUCUAUCACAUGGGUAUCUUUCGUGAUGAAUCGUCCCUGCAGCCCGUCGAGUACUAUAACAAGUUGCCCAUGAAACCGGCGCAUAUUAAACAGGCAAUUGUGUUGGAUCCGUUGAUUGCAACUGGGGGUACGGCGGGCGCGGUGGUGGAUAUUUUGAAGGAGUGGGGAAUUGACAAGGUUACGUUCUUGUCGUUGUUAUCGACGCCUGUUGGGCUGGAUCGUGCUGCGAAAGUGUGGCCUGAGUCGACGGAGUUUGUGGUUGGUGCUGUUGACCCGGGUUUAGAUGAUAAGGGGUAUAUUGAGCCGGGAGUGGGGGACAUUGGAGAUAGGUUGUUUGGAACGGGAUUUUAA